AUGAAACCUGGGCUACUUUUAGGUAUUUUAGGCGCUGGGGAGAAAGGUCUUCGAAUAGCUCUUCUCGCAAGCCGCAACGCAAAAUUCAAUGUAAAAUUGAUUGAUACAUGUGAAAAAAAUUUAUCAUACGCAAACCUGUCAAUGGAAACCCUACUGAUGAGCAUGCAAACUUUCGAAGCAAUUUCUGAUAAAGAGUUAUAUGAAAUUCCUCAAAGGAUUUCGGUUUCCACUAAAAUUGAUGCACUCGAGGCAUCUGAUUUUGUAAUAGAAUGUAUACAUGAAGACUUGGAUGCAAAGCGUAAUGUAUUUCGAAAUUUGGAACAGAUAUUGCAAUUUCCUGUGAAUGGCACUGUUUUGGCCUUGAUUUUCCCACUGGAAAAAUUUUUGGUUCGACAGUACCAUAUGGUUUGGUCAAACCAAAAAGUUUCCCAGUGGGAAAAUCAAGGCCAAAUAGUGGUAUCCAUGGAAAAAUCCAUAGUUCGAAACGAUACAAUUAUUGCUAGUAAAUCUUCAAAAUUCCCAAUAACACAGAUUGCUCAUGACACCUCCCACCCCGAAAGAAUAAUUGGGUUGUCAUUAAAAUGGGUAGAUUUCAAAAAUUGCUUAGACGAUGGCCAAGCUAUCAUAAGGCCUGGCCUCCAAACAUCUCACAGCACUAUUCAUAUUGCCAUACAGUUCGUGAAGUCUAUAAAUUGCACACCGCUCUAUGCAUGUGACAGUUUAGGCUUUAUGAAAUAUAGAGAUAUGUAUGCAUUUAUAAACGAAAGCACUUUUCAAGUCAAAGAAGAUUUGUCAACUAUUAAGGACAUUGAUGAAAAAUUGAAAUCGGAAAUGAAAAUUCCUUUUGGGCCUUUUGAGCUUGCAGAUUUAAUAGGACUGGAAGACGUAUAUGCAAAGCUAGAGAAGUAUUAUCAGAAAUUAGAAGACGAAAGGUUCAAGCCUUCAAAAAUCCUGAAAAAGUAUAUAUCUGCUGGUUGGACUGGGAAGAAAGCAGGUCGAGGAUUUUAUGAAUACCAUUAA